AUGGUAAGGUCUCAGUGCUGUGAUAAGGUGGGAUUGAAGAAAGGGCCAUGGACGCCUGAAGAAGACCAGAAGCUCUUGGCUUAUGUUGAAGAGCAUGGCCAUGGAAGCUGGCGAGCCUUGCCUGCCAAAGCUGGGCUUCAAAGAUGCGGGAAGAGCUGUAGACUCAGGUGGACUAACUACCUCCGGCCAGAUAUCAAGAGAGGAAAGUUCAGUUUGCAGGAAGAACAAACAAUCAUUCAGCUGCAUGCUCUUCUUGGAAACAGGUGGUCAGUCAUAGCUACUCACUUGCCGAAAAGAACUGAUAAUGAGAUCAAGAAUUACUGGAACACACAUCUUAAGAAAAGAUUAGACAAAAUGGGCAUUGAUCCUGUGACCCAUAAGCCAAAAGCUGAUUCUUUCGGCUCAGGAAGUGGCCAUUCUAAGGGUGCUGCCCAUUUAAGCCACAUGGCUCAAUGGGAGAGUGCUCGGCUUGAAGCCGAAGCCAGAUUGGUCCGCGAGUCGAAGGUGAUUAUACCUAACCCUCCCCCAAACCGACUCGGGUCCACUGCUUCAGCUCAAGUCUCCGACAAAAGUAGUGCAGCUCCACCAGCUAGACCACAGUGUCUUGAUGUGCUCAAAGCAUGGCAAGGGGUGGUUUUCAGCAUGUUGUCGGCCGGCUGCAGUGACUCUCUCGAAUCUCCAACAUCAACGUUGAAUUUCUCAGAAAAUGAAUUAGCUAUCCCACUCGUUGGAGUACAGAAAAAUUCAGCCACUACACUAGCUUUUGCCACAAAUAAUGCUCCAUGCAACGGAGGGACAACGGCCAUUGAAUUUAAUUGCGGAAAUCAGUUCGAGUGCUUUGAAAAACUGAAUGAAGCAGCACAGGUGAAACAAAAUUUGGACAGUUCAGUGGCAUUGCAUGACAUAAGCCCGGAUGCUAGUAACCAUAAUGCGUGGUUUGAUUCUGUAACGAAUGAAAACGCACCUAUGGGGAUCAUUGAAGGACUUUCGGAAAUUUUGGUCUGUACUUCUCAGGACCACAAUGCGUCAUUUGCUGGAGAGAAUAUUAACGAUAGCUGUGGUGGGAAUCUUGAAGAGAACGGGAAUUAUUGGAAUAGCUUACUCAAUCUGGUGGAUGCUUCUCCAACUGGGACGUCACCUGUGUUUUGA